GCAAGCUCCCAAAAAUCUGACACUGAACGCUGUCCUUGACUAAUUUACUGGCAAAUCUGUAAUACUGAUCCCAGUGCCCCCUAAUUUAUUUGUAAUUCUGCCUAUUUUUGUACAGUCCCAUAGCUAUCCUUGAUCUAACUUAUUUCUAUACCCAGAACACUGGCCCCAGUCACCCCUAAUAUAACAUGCCCUGUUUUCUCUCUCUUUUUUGGCUGUGAACUCCUCCGUGGCAGCAGCAGGCUCCCAAAAAUCUGACACUAAAUGUUGUCCUCGACUAAUUUACUGGCAAAUCUGUAAUGCUGAUCCCAGUGUCCCCUAAUUUAUUUGUAAUUCUGCCUAUAUUUUUGUGCAGUCCCAUAGCUAUCCUUGAUCUAACUUAUCUGCAAACCCGUAACACCGGCCCCGGUCUCCCCUAAUAUAACGCGCCAUUAUUUAUUUAUUAUUUAUUGCCGUUAACUCCUCCGCCAGUCGCAGCAGCAGCAGGCUCCCAGAAAUCCGACGUGUUUUUUUGUUUGUUUGUUUGUUUUUUUCUCACCUCCUGUCCCGCGGAGAAGCGAGCGGAGCAGCGGAGCUCAGAGCAGGAGGAGCCCGCUGUCCGCGCACCCACCUGCUGCCCGCCCGCUCCCGCCGUCCCUCCCCUCCCUCUGCGGCUGUCUGCAGCCGCUGUCGGCUCGCUGCGGUCCGGCUGCAACAUCCCAGAUGCGCCGCUGCCACGGAGGCGCCUGGACACGCCCAGAACGCGCCUCGGUUCCCGGUUGAGUGCUCGCACGGAGCCCCGGUUCCGAGCUGUGAGGAACCAUGACAGACCGCCUCAGUUCGGGGGCCUCGGCCGCUGCUGAUCUUGUUUGUUUGGACGUAUUUCGCGUCAGUUUUUAAAGUCCGGACCCAGAACUCAAAGUGAGACCAAAACAUAUUUUGACUCGAAGGGGAUUUGUGGAGUUCUGGAGCCGUUUCACCGCCAUGGUGGUCUUCAACGGACAGCUGAGGAUCCGGAUCUGCGAGGCUCUGGACCUCAAACCCACAGCCUGGUCCCUGCGUCACGCCGUCGGCCCGAAGACUCAGACCUUCCUGCUCGACACCUACAUCGCCCUGAACGUGGAUGAUUCCCGCGUGGGCCAGACGUCCACCAAGCAGAAGACCAACAGUCCGGCGUGGAACGACGAGUUCACCACGGAGGUCCACGACGGCCGCAGGAUCGAGAUGUCCGUCUUCCACGACGCGCCCAUCGGCUACGACGACUUCGUGGCGAACUGCAUCAUCCAGUUUGAAGACAUUCUGCACAACGGCAGCAAACACUUCGAGGACUGGAUUGAUCUGGAACCGGAGGGGAAGGUGUAUGUUGUUAUUGACCUAUCAGGAUCUUCCAGUGAAGCUGCAGUGGGCUCCAGCGACAAUGAAGAACGCGUCUUUCGGCAGCGGAUGCGUCCCAGAAAGCGACAGGGGGCCGUUCGCCGGAGGGUCCACCAGGUCAACGGACACAAGUUUAUGGCCACGUACCUGCGGCAGCCCACCUACUGCUCCCACUGCAGGGACUUCAUCUGGGGCGUUUUAGGAAAGCAGGGCUACCAGUGUCAAGUGUGUACUUGCGUGGUCCAUAAACGCUGCCAUGAGCUGAUCAUUACCAAAUGUGCAGGAAUGAAGAAGCAAGAGGACACCAUUGGGGAGUCAGUCGGGUCUCAGAGGUUCAGCGUCAAUGUGCCACAUAAGUUCCACAUCCACAAUUUUAAAGUUCUCACCUUCUGUGACCACUGUGGUUCUCUGCUGUGGGGUCUACUGAGACAAGGACUCCAGUGUAAAGUGUGUAAAGUGAAUGUUCACAGGCGCUGUGAGAGUAACGUGGCUCCUAACUGUGGCGUGGAUGCCAGAGGCAUUGCCAAAGUCCUCUCUGACCUUGGAGUGACGCCAGACAAGAUCUCCAACAGUGCCCAGAGACGGAAGAAGUUCCCUCCAGGUCAGGACCAGACGUCAUUAUCGGGGAUCUCGCAGACAGAAGACGACUGCUCACAGUCUGCCCCCACCUCCCCGUGUGACCAGGACAUGAAGGAGUUGGAGAACAUCCGGAAGGCUCUGUCCUUUGACCACCGCGGAGAUGACCACAAAACAAACCCGUUGUCGUCUUCUUCCUCACCUGCUGCUGCCAUACCAGGGGACGGACACGGAGGAGGAAGGGAUGGCAGCGAAGGCGCAGGUGAAGAAGGAGAAGGAGGCCGUCCAAACGGAGAGGUUAAAAGUCAUUGCACUGCAGAGACCAAGAUGAUGAACCUGCAAGACUUUGUGUUCAUCAAGGUUUUGGGCAAAGGCAGCUUUGGAAAGGUUUCAUCACGUGUCCAGGUGAUGUUGGCGGAGCUCAAAGGCAGCGAUGAGGUGUUCGCCGUCAAGGUGCUGAAGAAAGACGUGAUUCUCCAGGAUGAUGAUGUGGACUGCACCCUGACUGAGAAACGUAUCCUCGCCCUGGCCAGGAAGCACCCCUACCUGACCCAGCUCUACUGCUGCUUCCAGACCAAAGACCGCUUGUUCUUUGUGAUGGAGUAUGUUAAUGGGGGUGACCUGAUGUUUCAAAUUCAAAGGUCCAGAAAGUUUGACGAGGCACGAUCUCGUUUUUAUGCUGCUGAAGUCACUUCUGCACUGAUGUUCCUGCACCGGCAUGGAGUCAUUUACAGAGACUUGAAGCUGGACAACAUACUGUUGGAUGCUGACGGUCACUGCAAGUUGGCAGACUUUGGGAUGUGCAAAGAGGGAAUCCUCAAUGGAGUCACCACGACCACCUUCUGUGGGACACCAGACUACAUAGCACCUGAGAUCCUCCAGGAGCUGGACUAUGGUCCGUCGGUGGACUGGUGGGCACUGGGGGUGCUGAUGUACGAGAUGAUGGCAGGGCAGCCGCCGUUUGAAGCCGACAAUGAAGACGACCUGUUUGAGUCCAUCCUCCAUGACGAUGUCCUCUACCCCGUCUGGCUCAGCAAGGAGGCCGUGUCCAUUCUCAAAGCGUUCAUGACCAAAAGUCCGAGCAAGCGCCUGGGCUGUGUGGUAGCCCAGGGUUUGGAGGAAGCCAUUAAGCUCCACCCUUUCUUCAGAGAUAUCGACUGGACGCUGCUGGAGCAGAGGAAGAUCAGGCCACCAUUCAAACCCCGCAUUAAAACCAAAAGAGACGUGAACAAUUUUGACCAGGACUUCACGCGUGAGGAACCCGUGCUGACGCCGGUCGACGACAGCAUUGUCAAACAGAUCAACCAAGACGAGUUCAAAGGAUUCUCCUACUUCGGAGACGAGACUGUGGCCUAGACACGCCCACAAGUGUACAAUUAACCACAUACACACACAAACAUGUACACACAUGAAACACAAUCAGACACACAGUAUUUAUUGAAAUAGGAGAUAAAAAACCUUUGCAAUGAAAGCUCUUGAACUUUUCCAGUCUGAGCACUCCAGGAAUUAUACUAGACCAUCUGUGACUCAAUUCCGUGCUCGUGCUGCUUGUUUGUUUGUGCGGCGUCACGUCAUUUCUUACAGUAUUUGACCUGCACUGACGUACUUUAAGAGAUGACCCAAUGCUAUGUCACGGGGGGCCUUGCGUAUAAUCGUCGCAUACGCACAAAACGGGGCUUGAAAAUAUCAGCCGUCAUUUUAUGACGUGAUAUGAUAAGAUGAUAACAUAAGAUUUGUGAAGUAUUUAAACUUGAAAAGGUGCACUCCUGUACAGGACCUCUGGUGCAUUUGUACUGAUCAUUAGCGGGAUAUCGCGGUUCUUUAAUGUCAAAUAAUUGGUUCAGAUUCUGUCUGCCAACUGCAAGAGUUUUACUCCAGUGUUGUUAAUGUGUACCAUAUUUAUUUAUAUAAAAAUUUACCACUAAGAUUUUAAAAGAGUCAGGCGCUAAUUAACGUGACCCAGUUAAAGAUCAGGCGGCAGUUUGCCGCUGAGAUAAUCAGGGGGCAUCGAAUGUUGUCUAUAGUGUAAAUCCCACAAAUAUUCUGGGGUUUAGAUGACAUAAAUGGAAAUUUUAUUGACUUGAACUCAUUAUUAUUGGUUUGGCGCCUGAGCAAGCUCAUGUCACUCAUUUGUACUUCACUCCAACCACCACAAGGUGGCACUGCAGCCUCUACAAAGGGUGAAUGUCAGUUCUCGCAACCAUCAGAUCAGAUUAUAGAUGUUACGGUGUGACCAAGGCUGAGCUGGUAGAGCGAACUGCUCACGAUCCCGAGUUCACAUUGGUUGAUUAAUGAGGGAGAAGUGAUGUAACAUUCAUGACGACCGUGACUGGCAGACGCCAACUUUCCCUGGUUGUUUUUGGUCAAAUCAGGGGACUCCUGCGGAGUGUUCAGCCCCAUUUUUCAGGAAUGAUCUCAAUUCUACCGUAUUUGGUAGAAUUAACUGGACUUGCGUGGACGACUGGACGUACUUGAUGGAUUCUACUUGUAGAUCGUUCAUCAAUGGUGGGUCACGGGAAUUCAAGAGGCGUCCACCCCUCAUGAUUUGAGUUCACACGAAGUUAAAUCAGACUAUUUUAAAUUUUCAGUAUGAAUUCCACAGUGGCUUUUAUAAAUGAGGCCGCUGGUCUGUGUGUGUGUGUGUGUGUGUGUGUGUGUGUGUGUGUGUGUGUGUGUGUGUGUGUGUGUGUGUGUGUGUGUGUGUGUGUGUGUGUGUGUGAGAGAGAUAGAUAAUGUGUGUAUCAAUGUUCAUGCAUGCGUAGCUGCUUCAAGUCAUUUCUGUCCUCUGUGUUCUGUGUCCAUCUCCGUAGUUAAACUGUUUUUCCGCCCCACAGACGUACGCAAAUGGAAACUUUUUAUUGAACCAGUGAUUUUUUUUU